AUGUGCCUCCCCAUCGAGCCCAUUGAUUCCGGUCUUCAUCAACAAGACGACGGCUUGGGUGAUCUUUCUGGGUUCCAGUUCGACGCCGACUUUGCUCAACACCAAGAUCUCGGUCACAACGAACAGGCCAACAACCACGCCAACGAUCACGCUGCUAUCCACGAUGCCUUCGCUACACUUGCAGCAGCAUCCACCAACAACCUCGACUUCGACAUUGGAAACAUGGACUUUGACCACGGCCUGUUCGACAGCAACGAGUUCACCGGCAACCAAGACAACACCAACUUCACUGACACCAACUCGGAGCUAUCUCUACAACAUACACUUGCUUCGACUCAGACUCAAUAUGGAGGCUGCGCAUCUACCAUCGAAGAGCAAACUGCACAGGCCUGCAACGAGAAGCCGCAGGCUCCAAAGUACAGUAGUUCCGAUGCCGAGUUCAACUUUGAGGAGUUCUGUGCACGCUUUCACUCUGGAGAACUCAGUCCAGCUCAACAGGCUGCGGCUAUCGCCGCCUUGUCCGGGAAGAAGAAGAACGCCGUAUACCAGGAUCUGAUGCGCUCUUUUGGAUUCCAACCGGCCAAGCCACGUGCUCCGGUCCCAGAGGGAGCUCUCACCGAGGACAACUACUUACCCAUUCCAUGGGAGCCCGAGAUAGAUGAGGAUGGAUAUGAGAUUAUUCCCAUCGAAUUCGACGCUCCUGAGCCUGAUCCGUCGGAUCCACAGCCCAUCUAUCCAGCAUUCAGCGGGCGCUUCAAGACCGGCGCAGCCGCUAGAGCAUACCGCAAGCGCGCCCGCGUUCCAAAGAAGGGUCCAGCACCAGAUGUCGAGCGCGUCAAAAAGUAUGGACGUAAGUCACAGCAUAUUCAUUACUGUUCCAACAUGAACUAA